AUGAUAAAUGCGGCAAGUGGAGGUUCCAUUCUCAAUAACACAUCGGAAGCUGCAAAGGCAUUGAUAGAAGAACUAGCUGAAGGUUCUAGGCAAUUCAACAAGAGAUCCCACGAUAAAAGAGCAAUUAGAGAAAAUGUUAGCACUGAUUCUAAGGUUGGCAAACUAGAAGAUCAAAUGCAAGCAUUAACAUCAAUGAUGAGAGAUUUCAUGGUUAAGGGAAAAGCACAACAAGUAAAGUCAUGUGGCAUUUGCUCUUUUAAUCAUCCUACAGAUUCUUACCCUCAGUUACAAGAAGAAGGUAAUGAAGAAGUUAGUGCAAUUGAUUUUCAAAACCAAGGGUUUCAGAAAAGAAAUGAUCCGUUUUCCAAUACAUACAAUCCAAGGUGGAGAGACCAUCCAAAUCUCAAGUAUGGGAAUCCAUCAGGGAAUCAACAACAACAUCAACAACAAUCAUUCUUCAAGCCACAACAACAAUCCUAUCCUAGACCCCCACAUCACGAUCAAGGAUCAAGUUCGAAUUCCAAUAUGUCCACCGAAGAAAUGUUGAAUACUCUAACAAAGAACAUGAUUCAAUUCCAAGAUGAGACUCAUUCUAGCAUCAAGAACAUUGAAAGACAAAUGGGUCAAAUCUCAGGAGCAGUUAACAAGUUUGAGGCUAGAGAUUCAGAAAAGUUUCCAUCACAAACAGAACCAAAUCCAAGGAUGAAUGCUAAUGCUAUGAUUCUUAGAAGUGGAACAGAGUUGCAAGGUAAUGAGAGAACCAUAGCAAGAGAUAAAGAACUCCAAGAAGAAACUGUUGUGCAUGAACCUUCAUCUUUAGAAGAUCAAGCAACCUUGUCACAAGAAGAGAAGAAUGUUACAACAGCACCCUUACCACCAUAUGAACCGGUUCCACCUUUUCCAGAGGCAUUGAAGGAAAGGAAAAAGCAUGAAGCUGACAAGGAAAUUUAUGAGGUUUUCAAGAAAUGUGAAGUAAACAUCCCUCUCUUAGAUGCUUUGAAGCAAAUUCCAAGAUAUGUCAAAUUCCUUAAAGAACUUUGUACGGCAAAGAGAAAGCAAAGAUUAUAG